AUGGAGGCGAGCGUCGCUGCAAUCAAAGAAAAGCUGCAGGAGCGUGAAAAUCAUAUUCGAGAAUCAUGGGUCAAGGCCAUGGAGGCUCGUCUUGUCCGUGAGGAGCUGGGCAAAUGCCACAAGGCCGAGGGCGUUAACCACUACGAGAACUGCAAGUGGUUGUCGGAAAAAUACUUGACUCUUCUGAGAACAAACCGGGUGAAGGGUUACAAGGUCAUUGAUACUUAA